AUGGAUCGUCAUCCCGGUGGCCCCACGACCAUCCUCGCCUGGGCGGGGAAGGACGCCUCGAAGUUCUUCAACGACAUCCACAAGGGCGUAAAGAUCGACGCCUACUUGCGACCAGAGGCCUUCUUGGGCGACCUGGGCGUGGACGAGAACCUGAUGUCGGACCAGUUCUGGCACACGCUGCGCGAGGCCCGCAUCGUGGAGAUCCGACAGGAGGUCGAUCGCCUGCUGGACCGCUGCACAAAAACACACAAGGCCGACAGCAUUCCGCGCCUCCUCCAAGACAAGUGCCCCGGCCUCCAUUAA